CCUGCUGCUACACUGGGUCAACAUGGAGAAAUACGCCCCGAAGUUCAGCAAAGUUCUGCUCACACCUGAUCCACAUUAUAUACCGGGGUAUGCAGGGUAUUGUCCGCAGCUGAAGUUCAACGUGGGGAAGUCUUACGGCCAGCUCACAGCCGAGCUGCUGACCAGUCCUCAGGUGCAACACUCCAGUCAUCUGGUCCUCCACACGGGUCACGUCCCCUCCACAGAGUCAGAUGCUGGUCUGACACUGAGAAGCUUCUCUGACAGUAACUUGAAGAAGAUGAUACCAGGAUACACAGGCUUCAUUCCAAAAAGUCAGAACCACUUUGCCUGCAGCUACUCUGAAACAUGUCGUAAAGCGCUGACUGAGUUUUACCAGGACAGGUGUGCGAAGAUGCAACGGCAAUCAACAGACCUGCCAGCUGUUGUCAACUACACCAACCAACAGUUUGAAAGACCAAGACCCCCCUUGACACCAAUCUCCAACAAAGUGUUCUCCUACAGGCCCUUGAAGUCCUUCACCCCCACUGCAAGACCAUAUUUCAUGGAUGAUGACAACCCACACAAGUACUUCAUCUCAGGUUUUACAGGGCAUGUGCCAAAAUCUCGAUUCCUAAUUGGCAAAGGUUUCCCCAUCACUACAAACCAAGCAUUGAUCCAAUUUGGGAAGCAGCGGCGGACUGACCCCAUGUCCCGAGGAAACCCAGUGAGGGAGGACAGUACAGUAUCUGCCAUGCCCACAAUCUAUCCAUCAAAUAGGGGCAUGGUGCCGUCAUUCACAGGUCACAUCCCAGGAUACCAGUUCAUGUAUGGACGUACCUAUGGUCAACUUUCCCAAAAUGCACUGGAAAAGUGGCAUCAAGAGGAUCCUUCAGUCAUAAAACCAUCAAAAGAAAUGAUCAUUACUGGCAAGAUGAGGUUGUAAGAUAAGUCAUAUCUGAGUAGG